CCCUCUAACAUAUCGUCUGUGCUCUGCUUGUGGCUUUUCGGCUAAAUGAAUGAACUUGCCCGGAGGAUAAAGUAAAGCCCCGCUCGGUUUUUCGUUCUACAUUUGUCGCCGUCAUGUCUUUUGCUAAAUAGGCUAGCUAAGUUAAGCUAAUCAAGCUAGUUAGCGUGCUACAUUGACUUUUCCUCAACACGAAGAAGAGGAGGGAGGACGAGUGUAAUGUAACGCUAUCCUGAUGGCUUCUUCUUCUGCAGUUGAAAAAGCGACAUGGCGUGAAGGUGACACUUGUCUGGCUCCUGACCUGAGAAAUGGCUACCUGCAAGAAAACAACAUUAAGAGACUGACUUCCACCUCUCAUAAUAAUGGUACCACAGCGUCAGUGGUUUUCACUGACAAUAGUAAAGAUGCAGAGGAGGAAGAAAAAGAAGAGGAAGAAGCUGUACCUGUCUCGAAACUCACGAGACCAGGCUUGAAUCACUUUACCCAGGAGAAACCUUUGUUUCCCGGCAGCAUCACAGACACCAGGGUAUGUGUCCCCUUACAGUUGAGUGAUAAUGGGGACAGAGUUCCCUACACAAUCAACAGAUACCUGAGAGAUUACCAGAGAGAAGGUAUCAGGUUCAUUUACAACAAUUACAUUCGUUCCAGAGGUUGUAUCCUUGGGGACGACAUGGGCCUGGGAAAAACUGUACAGGUCAUUGGUUUCCUUGCUGCUCUAUUGAACAAAACAGGCACAUGGGAGGACAUCAAGAACAACAGGCCUGAGUUUCUACAGAGUCAGAUGCCCUCCAAGCAAAGUAAACCCAACAAAGUGUUCCUCAUUGUGGCCCCACUGUCAGUGCUUUAUAACUGGAAAGACGAGCUGGACACAUGGGGUCACUUCCAGUGUGUGGUGGUCCACGGUCUGAGGAAAGAGGAGGAGCUGGCUCGCAUCAAGAAUGGACGCAUCGAGAUCGCUCUCACUACCUAUGAAACUCUGCGCCUUUGUCUGGAUCAGUUUAAUAACAUAGACUGGUCUGCUGUGGUUGUGGAUGAGGCCCACAAGAUAAAAAAUCCAAACUCUCAGAUCACUCAGGCUAUGAAGGAUCUGAAAUGUAAGAUAAGAGUUGGCCUCACUGGCACCGUCUUACAGAACAACCUUGAGGAGCUGUGGUGUGUCAUGGACUGGGCCAUACCUGGUUGUCUCGGCAGCUUAGGAAAUUUCAAGAACAAGUUUUCAGAUCCAAUUGAGCAAGGGCAGAGGCACAGUGCCACCAAACGUGCCCUCGCUAUAGGGAGGAAGACUGUCAGGGCCCUGGUGAAGAAGAUUUCCUGCUGGUUCCUCAGAAGGACUAAAGCUCUCAUCAGGGAACAACUGCCAAAGAAGGACGACAGAGUGGUGUAUUGCUCUCUGACAGACUUUCAGCAGACAGUGUAUCAGACGGUGCUGGAAACUGAAGAUGUGACGUUAAUGCUGAGGUCUUCAGAGAAAUGUGACUGUCAAAGUGGACGCACCCGCGGAAGCUGCUGCUAUGAAACAAACGCGGAAGGUGCACAAAUGAAGGGGCUGUACUUCAGUUACUUGGCCAUAUUGAGAAAGGUUGCCAACCAUGCAGCACUGCUUCAGUCCACUGCAGGCUCCAGCAAGAAACAGGAGAAGUACGUGGGUGCCAUCUGUGCAAAGGUAUUCCAGAAGUUUCCAGACUUUGUGCAGAGAUGCAAAAACGAAGCAUUUGAAGCUUUGUCCGACCCGAUGUACAGUGGAAAGAUGAAGGUUUUACAGAAGCUGCUGAAAUAUUACCUGCAAAGGAGAGAUAAAGUGCUUCUUUUUUCUCUCUCAACCAAGCUGUUGGAUGUGCUGGAGAGCUACUGCAUGGCGGAGGGGAUGGACUACAGCAGGCUGGACGGAACCACCAAAGCCAAAGAGAGAGUCCAGCUUGUCAAAGAGUUCAACGGCUCCUCUCACAUCAACCUCUGCCUGGUUUCCACCAUGGCGGGUGGUCUUGGUCUUAACUUCGUAGGGGCCAAUGUGGUUGUGCUCUUUGACCCCACAUGGAACCCAGCCAAUGACCUCCAAGCUAUUGACAGGGCUUAUCGUAUUGGCCAGUGCAGGGACGUGACUGUUCUCAGGCUGAUCUCCUUGGGGACUGUGGAGGAGGUUAUCUACCUCAGACAAGUUUACAAACAGCAAUUGCAAUGCUCAGUUGUGGGCAAGGAGAGUUCACGGCGGUACUUUGAGGCAGUGCAGGGGCAUGGCGUCCACAAGGGGGAGUUGUUUGGGAUCAAAAACCUCUUCAGGCUGCAGACCAAAGGGACAUGCCUCACCCGCAAGAUACUAGAGCGAGAAGGACAAGUGGAGGCCGGUGUAAUGACCAGCAGCACACACACAGGCGAAGAGAAGGAGGAGGAGACAAAGGCAGCUAGCGAACCUGGAGACCCUCCGCCUACAGACGGCUCUGUAACCAAACAUGGACCCGCCAAGGAGAACAGAGAUGCAUCGAAAGUCCCCAGAGGGGUGUUGGACUUCAGCAGUGGAAGUGAAGAGGAUGAAGAUGAGCAGGGUCUUAAGAGGAAGGCAUCAAACCCCAGUGCAGUGGAUGGCAAUGAGACUGAGAAUGCUGCCACUGGUCCUGGUCGAAUGAGUCUCCUCCAGCACGGUUUCUCCAAGCUCCUCGAAAGGGUCAAAGGAAAACCAGAGUUAGCAGAAGGGGACAGUAGUCCGGGUGUCGAUGAAAGCCUCUCUGAGGAAGAUGCUGAGGAUCAAAAGAUGGAGAGUACCUUCUCUACUAGAAAGACCUCCAAUACUAGAAAUGCUGCAAGCUGUCUCUCUAAAUUGGGACUGAAAACGUGUGACAUCUCUAGCGGUUCAGACAGAGAAGACAGGGAGAAGGGAGGUAGGGGGAGACAAGAGAGGUGUUCUCUGUUAAAACAAAGUGUUGCUACUGUAAGAAAGAGAAACGGCCUGAAAGGGUGGACAGAUAACAAAACUACAGUGGAUGAGGAAAUUGAUGAAAACUCCUCAUCAGACGGAAAGAAACCUCAAAAGCUUAAAACUCCAGUUCCAAAAGUGCACUGCUUAGAGGGUUGCUCAGAUGAAUCUGAGGACUUGGACAUAGAGGCAAAGACUUUGCCCAAGAGGGACGCUUUAAAUUCACUUGGUGGAGGAAGUUAUCGUGGGAGAGGAAGGCUAGACCGCAACAGAAAGAGGCAAAGUGCCAGUGUUAAAGGCAAGGCCAGAUCCAAAUACACAGAAGACAUAGAGUCAGUCACAUCAUCAGAGGAUGAAUACGCCCCUGUUAAGAAAGGGAGAACUGCAGGAUGUCACUUUACAUCUCCACAGAAAGAAAGAUCUAGAGUUCAGUCGGCAAAAGAUGAGCAAAGAGCUCCAACAACCAACAGGACGCCCAAAGCUGUUUCAUUUACAAGUUUAAGAAAUCAGACGUCCCCUGUAUCAAAAGGAAAGCAGGGAACUAUCGACAGUGUGCUAGGUGGCGUACAGGAGGUGGUGUACACCCACUCUAACCAGCGCGUAGUGGGGGGGAGCAAAGCAGAGGAGAGGAUCAGCAGAGCUGCUGUACGAGACGUGUUUGAGCGCAAGAUGUACUCUCAGCUCCCGGCCAAUCACCUUCUAGGAACCCAGGAGAGCUUGUCGGCGAGCUCACCAGACAGUCAGCCCUGCCCUCCUCCUGUCAGACCGCAGAAGCCCAGUGUGGACCAUCCAGUCACCUUCACCAACAAGAGUGUGCACCACACCAGACACACCACCUUCAUCAUCGGAGAGACUCCACUGGCCAUACGCAGGCAGCAGCUGGAGGAAAUGGCAGAGAAAUUCAAAUUUCCCUCAGUCCAUCAGUUUGCAGUGGAAAUUCUGGGAGGAAACUCAACCCAGAGACUGUCCUGGCUACGAGAGUAUUAUGCUACAUUGAACCACCCUGACCUGGUCAACACCGUCACAAACAACUUUCCACAACCUGAUUCAGCACAGACCUCCUCUUCAACUGUUACCUCCUCAACAUCCUUCAAAACGACCGCAAAAUCUCACACACAUACCCGAACCCCACAAAAGGAUGUUCCAAAAGCCAAAACAAAGGCUAAACACACUGAGAAGAAUCCUGAACCCAAAACUGAGCCUGAAGCCUCACACAAUGUUCCCAUGUCACAGAAAAAAUCUAGACACCCACAAAAUGAUGUUCCCAAACCCCAGACAAAGCAGAGAAACCCACAAAAUGAUGUUCUAUCACCCCAGAAAAAGCAAAAGAGCCCAGAAAAGAAUGUGCUAGAACCUCUAAGCGAUGUUCGGAGGCGUGAGUCAGAGGAGCAGGAGGAGACGGCCUGCAGUGCCAGAGGACAUAAGAGGACAAAGAGGGGUAGUGUUUCUAGUUCUGGAGCCUUCAGAGCUGGUGGUGGUCUUGGCUUGGAUCAGGCCAGCAGCAGUGGUCUGGGGUCUGGGGAGGCUACGGCUUUCCAGAAAUGCACAGACAGACGUAUCCCUUCUUCUCCGGACCUCAGCCAUGGCAGGUCCACCAUGUUAUCCAAACCCCCAGAACAGGGAAGGGAGAAAGAGCAAAAAAUGUCCUACAGGAGAAGUGAACCUUUUCAGGGUCAGGGAGAUAAUUCUUUACCUGAACAGGCCAAGUCCACCUCCAGAAAUCGUUCCCUCCUCACAGAUCUGAUAGGAGACACCUCAAUCCUUGACGAUCUGUUAAAACCCAGACCCAGGGGUGCACAACAGAGGGGCACCCCGAAAACACCCCCCACACUCUCGUCUGUGUCAGUAAGCACAUGUCUCACCACACCUUCUCCAUCCAGAAUCACUCCCAAUACUGACUCUGGUUCUGCAGGCCUCCUAGACUCUCCAAACAAACCACCUGUACACCAGGUGGUACCAAAGGGCAGUCGCAAAGACUUCUGGGACAUCCUGAAUGAGGGUAACGAGGAGAGCAUCAACAGGUUAACGGACCCGGCCGAAGUGCAGAGGGUUUGCAUCAACACUAAGUUUGCAGGUCGAGGUAGGUCUGGAGAAGAGGAGAGCAAGAGUCUCUGGAAGACGAAUGAGAAGUUCCUGUGGAAGAAAUAAUUCAGAAGAGACAAUAAGAUUGUGUUGAAAGUUUUCAUCUCUUUCCUUUUUACUUUUUCGGUUCUAAAGGAGAUGUUUAUAAAUUCAGAAUGGAUAUUUAAAGCAGGUUUUUCUGCUUUGAGUUUUCUUAACAGAUUGUAUUAUUUUUAGAUGUCACAUUAUUUUUAGAAUGUCUAUUUUUUUAUUUACUGUAAUAAUUUGAAAAUAUUCAGUGUUCAUUGAAUUAGUGUGUUACUACCAUAAU